ACCGAGCCGCAGCGGCAGCGCCCGCCGAGCACAUGCACCCUGGGCGCCAGGUUCGCGGCGGCACAGCCUAGGAGGAAACCCCUUUGGGAUGGGAGGGCCAUGUGGCCGAGGGCGAUUCUCCAAAGCGAACAGUCUGCCGCCCGCAGUGCCUGUCGCCACCGGUUCGCAAUUCUUCUGAUCACGGAUGUGGCCGGAUAGGAAAAGGCUGAGGCGCCGCGGGCUAAGAUGACCGAGGAGGUACAAGUCAACGCCAGCGGGCUCCCUCGGGACCACUUGGAGGCCGGCUCGGCAGAGAACGCAUCGGCCGGCGUGUCCUUGCAGACUCCGGUGGUGGAGCCGGCGCCCGAGCUGGCCGUGAACCCCUGGGACAUUGUUCUGUGCACCUCGGGGACCCUCAUCUCCUGUGAGAACGCCGUGGUGGUCCUCAUCAUCAUCCACAACCCCGGGCUGCGCGCCCCCAUGUUCCUCCUCAUAGGCAGCCUGGCCCUGGCCGACCUCCUGGCGGGCCUCGGCCUUGUGGUCAACUUCGUGUUCGCCUACCUGCUGCAGUCCGAGGCCACCAAGCUGGUCACGGUGGGCCUCAUCGUCGCCUCCUUCUCGGCCUCCAUCUGCAGCUUGCUGGCCAUCACGGUGGACCGCUACCUGUCCCUCUACUAUGCCCUGACCUACAAUUCCGAGAGGACAGUCACUGUCACCUAUGUCAUGCUGGGCCUGCUCUGGGGGACCUCCAUCGGCCUGGGGAUGCUGCCCAUGCUGGGCUGGAACUGCCUGCAGGACGAGGCCACCUGCAGCGUGGUCAGGCCGCUGACCAAGAACCACGCGGCGGUGCUGUCGGUGUCCUUCCUCUUGACGUUCGCGUUCAUGCUGCAGCUCUACGUCCAGAUCUGCAAGAUCGUCCUGCACCACGCCCACCAGAUCGCCCUGCAGCGCCACUUCCUGGCCACGUCGCACUACGUGACCACCCGCAAAGGGGUGUCCACACUGGCCCUCAUCCUGGGCACGUUCGCAGCCUGCUGGAUGCCCUUCACCCUCUACUCCCUGAUCGCGGACCACACCUACCCACCCACGUACACCUACGCCACCCUGCUGCCCGCCACCUACAACUCCAUCAUCAACCCGGUCAUCUACGCCUUCCGGAAUCACGACAUCCAGAAGGCCCUCUGUCUGGUCUGCUGCGGCUGCGUCCCGCCCAGCCUGGUGCAGCGAGCGCGCACACCCAGCGACGUGUAGCCGCACCCGAGCCAGGCCGGCUUCGUUUAGCUGAGUACCGUGAUUGACGUGAAAUGGAUGUAACCAGUGUUUUUACUCUUGAAGAAAAGAUGACUAUCUAUAUUAAUAUAUAUCCAUUGAGUUCUUUGCUCAAUA